CAGUGCAGUUCUUCUGUACGUUGUCGAGAAAUUGUGUGGGAAAUUUGCUCUUUGCAACUGAAAGGUAGCUUUCUUAAAUAUGCCGUCUGUUGAUGGUGAAGAAAAUGGAGAAGAAGAAGUGGAGAGAAGUCCUAAUGAAGAUGAAAACAUGAGCGAAGACGAAGAGGAAGAAAGCAGCUUGAGUUCCGAUGAAUCAUCUUCCGAAUCUAGCAUUGACGAAACAGAAAAUGAGAGAAGAAGGAACGAGUGUUUGAAUGACAUGGCCGAUCUGGAAAGACAAUUCAGCGACCUGAAAGAACAGCUUUAUCGAGAGCGCAUUAGCCAGGUUGAAAAGAAGUUAGAAGAGGUCAAAUCUGAAUGUGCCAUGGAGUACACGGGGCCAGUCAGUGAGUUAAAGGAGAUGUGCGAGAUAAGAAUAGAAGUUGCCGGAAUUUUACGAGAUUGUAGGUUAGGAAAUGUAAGAAACAAAUAUGAUGCAGAUGAACAGGCAGCCAUACAACACUUUGAGAGUGAAAAGCUUGCCUUGAUGGAGAGUAUGAAGCAAGAGUUAGAAGAAAAAAUAAGAAAAUUAGAGGAAGACAAGCAAAAUAUGGAUAUAUCAGCAGAUAUCUGGCUUGAAUCACAGUCUCUAAACAAGAGACACAGGAAGUCCUCUGAUGGAUCCAUGCUCUCUGAUAAAAGACGGAAACCUGUCACUGUAACUGGUCCAUAUAUUGUAUAUAUGCUGAGAGAAAUGGACAUUCUUGAAGACUGGGCAGCCAUCAGGAAGGCAAAAGGAGCAUUAGCAAGAAGAAGGCAAGAAAGUGGGUGUCAGUCAGAAAAGAGUCCCUAUAGUGCACGAUACGAAGAUGGGAAGCUUUAUUAUGAAGGAGAAUGGUUCCAUAAAGGUGAUCAUGUAGUGAUAGAAAGCAGAAAUGAUACGCAUUCCAGUGCCUUUGUUACUGGAAUAAACACUGGAGAGGUUUGGGUGAGAAAAGGAGAUGGAUCAAAAACAAAGUUGUAUAUAGGCCAGCUACAAAAAGGAAAAUACAAGAUUAAGAAGUCUUGAAAGCUAGCGUUACCACAAUCUUUGUUUGUGACGAUGUACAAAAACCUUCCAGAUGUAAAUUUAUUACAAAGAUACUCUGUCAGGCUGUGACAGACAUUUUUAUUUAGAGACUGGAAUCCACUUCUUUCUUUUUUCAAGCCAUCUGAACAUGGACUGCCACGUGUUGAAAUUUAGCCUUCCAAACUCUGUAAGUUGAGAAGCAUCUCAAAGUAUUUCAUUUGAGCUCAUCAAGGUGAAAGUGAAAUGCAGUUGACAUUCUUUCAUGCAGCAGGGCAGGAAAAAAAAUUAAUUGAAACACAGUUGCCUAGUGGGCCAGUACAGUUCUGUGUUCAGUUGCCCCCACUAAAAUAUUGCUUGCCCAAUAGGCGCGAUGAGGAAAAGGAAUGCAGAAUGUUUGUUUUUCGUCGCCAUCCUAAAUCUACUGCAUGGUUUAGUAGUGCCAGACUUCUGUUGUUUGCAGCAUUCAAUCUGGAGGCCAAUAUGGCAAUCAGAGGAUGAACAUGAGCAAAGUAUGCUUGACUUUAAAUUAAUCUAUGCUUUCAACUCAUUGUUUUGCUCACCUUGUAGUCUUAAGUUUUGAAAUUUGUUUUUGAUUGGAAAUUAUCACU